UUUGCAUUUGGUUAUUAGUCGCCUAUGAUUCAGAAUCUCUCUCUCUCUCUCUGGAUAAGGCGAAAAAGUUGAGUAGUUGUCUGCCGCCGUAUUCUCCACCGCCGGCCGCCGCUGAAGGUUUUUGAUAUGAUAGGAUAACCGAUUAUAUCAAGUACCAAGGUUGCCAAUGCAUUUUGGGCUCACCGCAUCCACCACAUUUCCUACUACUAACACUAAACCUCAUCGUCAUCAUGUGUUAUGUUCUGAUGGGUAUAGAAUUACACAUUCCUCUUCCAAAACCAUGGCGAUUCAUGUUGGUGGUGCGAAAUGGCGCCGCCCAUCAUCAACCCGUGUAAAUUAUUCUUUUCUAUUGUACCACCCCUAUAAUUACUCUGCCUCCGACCGCCGUACAAGUUUUGGGCUUCGCCAUUUUCAUUUUCAUACUAAUAGAAAAAAUCAUCUCUGCAACGUCAAGAGGGAUGAAUUUGAUGAUCAAUCUCAAUCUCAAUCCCAACCCCAAUCUGUUAAUGAUGAUGACGAUGAUGACCAAUCGCCACAAUUACUGCAAUUUGGGGAUUCUGCCAUUUUAUCUGCUUGUUUCGUUGGCCUACUCACCGGCUUUGCUGUUGUCCUCUUCAAUUACACGGUACAUGAAAUACGAGACUUGUGCUGGGGUGGAUUCCCAGAUCUAGGUGCCUCAUGGUUAAGAGAGCAACCCAUUGAAGCAAAAUGGGGUCGUAUAAUCCUAGUUCCUGCUUGUGGAGGCCUGGUAGUUAGUUUCUUGAACGUGUUUCGAAGUGCUAUAGAGGAUUCAACGGGUGAAACUGUGAUGCCUGGAAUCAAAUCUGCACUAAAACCAAUUUUGAAAACUUUGGCUGCUUGCGUCACGUUGGGAACGGGGAACGCAUUAGGGCCAGAAGGACCGAGUGUCGAGAUUGGCGUCUCCGUAGCCAAAGGAGUAGGCAGUUUUUUGGAUAAAGGAGCUCAAAGAAAGCUGUCACUCAGGGCUGCAGGGUCAGCUGCUGGAAUUUCUUCUGGAUUCAAUGCUGCCGUUGCUGGUUGUUUUUUCGCUGUGGAGUCAGUCCUGUGGCCAUCACCUGCAGAGUCAUCCUUAUCAUUGACAAAUACAACUUCAAUGGUCAUUCUGAGUGCUGUAAUAGCUUCUGUCAUAUCAGAGAUUGGUUUGGGUUCUGAACCAGCUUUUGCUGUUCCAGUCUAUGAUUUUCGCUCUCCAAGUGAACUGCCACUCUAUCUUUUGCUGGGCAUACUAUGUGGCAUUGUUUCUCUUGGCUUAUCAAGGUCUACAUCUUUUAUGCUGGCUCUCUUUGAUAAUAUUCAAAAAAUUGGGGUACCGAAAGCAGCAUUUCCCGUACUUGGUGGUUUGUCUGUUGGAAUAAUGGCCCUAGCAUAUCCUGAGAUUUUGUACUGGGGAUUCCAGAAUGUUGACACUUUGUUGGAAUCUCUCCCUUCUACAAACAGCCUUUCUGCUGGUCUUUUGCUUCAGCUGGUGGCUGUGAAAAUAGUUGCAACUUCAUUAUGCAGAGCUUCGGGAUUGGUUGGAGGUUACUAUGCUCCAUCUUUAUUUAUUGGUGCUGGUACAGGAAUGGCUUAUGGGAAAAUUGUUGGUUAUUUGAUUUCCAUAUCCAAUCCAAUCUUUCAUCUUUCUGUCUUGGAAGUUGCUUCACCUCAAGCAUAUGGCCUGGUUGGUAUGGCUGCUACUCUAGCUGGGGUGUGCCAGGUACCCCUCACGGCAGUUUUGCUUCUUUUUGAACUAACACAAGAUUAUCGAAUUGUUCUGCCACUUUUGGGAGCUGUGGGACUCUCUUCAUGGGUUACAUCUGACAAGACAAGGAAAAGAGUCACUGAUAAAACCAGCAAAACGAAAGACCAAAACGUUGUAGCAACUUCACCAGAGAGAUAUUCUUACGACUCCACUGUUAACUCUACUUCUCCUAAUGUCAAGGAACCAAACGGUAGUAGCCUUUGUGAACUCGAGAGUUCACUCUGUCUGAAUGAUGAAUCUGAAGAUGAAGCGGAUGACCUGGCAAAUGAAAUCUUGGUUUCACAAGCAAUGAGAACAAAGUAUGUAACUACGCUGAUGAGCACUACUCUAACAGAUGUAGUGUUGCUCAUGCUGGAAGAGAAACAGUCAUGUGCAGUAAUAGUUGAUGAAAACAACUGGCUCGUUGGUCAGCUGACCCUCAGCGACAUUCAGCAGUUCAUUGCAUUGUCUAGGGAGAAAGAUAGGAAACCUCAGGUGCUUAGAGUAUCUGAACUGUGUUCGUCUUACGGCAGAAGAUGUGCUGUAUCCUGGACAGCGACACCAAACAUGAGCCUCUUUAAUGCUCUGAAUCUGAUGAAUAGAUAUGGUAUAAACCAACUCCCUGUCAUCUUGGAGGAUGGGGUUCGUGGAGGCUGUCCAGUUGGCCUCUUAGACAGAGAAUCCAUUGAUCUUGCUUGCAGAGCAUUUGCAAUCCAGGAGGGCCUCAGCUGGUUUUUGGUACAGGAGAAGUUCAAGAUUUGAGGAUGCGUGAAUACACUCUUUACCAUCUUCAAUGAAUCUGUUUGUAAAAUCAUUGGCCAAUGGAUACCAUUUAGCAUCAGUUCCCAAAUAAUCCAGAAUGGAACUUUGCUAUAUGGUAAUGAAGAUCAAGCACUUGGCUCAAUGUUUUACCAAUCAAUUUAACAUCACAGAAAAUUGACAAUUUUCGAUGUAUAGAUAGAUAGAUAUAUGGCAUGUGUCCUGUUGCAACAAAUUUUUUUAUCAUUGUUGUCUUUAUGUAAACAGAAAUGAUUGUUCUUGUGAAUUUGUACAGAACCAUUUGUCAUAUUAUUAUAUUUUUCCCAAUUCUUUA